ACGGCCGUUUCCUGUCCUGGUGCAUGGUGGUCGGACGGAGGAAUUGUUGGAAAAUUUCUCGGCGAGGAAUGCAAGAUACGUUACUGUCCUUGUGAAAGUCUACCCAAAUCUCAUCAUUGAUGUGCCUUUGAAAAUUGACAGUUGCAACUUGCGUAUGAUGUGUGAAGAUUUGCAAGAGUUCACAAAGUCAAGUCUCAAGUUUUCACUUCAGUGAGUGCUUCGUGACUGAGCCUGUACUUGUCUUUGCUGUAAAACAGCUCAUGAGAAGAAUCAGAAUCCACGUGUGUCAAUUUUGCUGCUAUGCAGCCCCACCCCAGGGUUCCUGGCUUUUCCUAAAAAUGGAUUUUUAAGUAAUGAGCUGCAAUAUUUGAAGUAGACAAUGUUAUUAGCUCAGAUAAAUCGAGACUCUCAGGGAAUGACAGAAUUUUCUGGAGGAGGAAUGGAGGCCCAGCACGUGACUCUGUGUCUAACAGAAGCUGUAGCUGUGCAAGGUGAACCUUCAGAUGGUGACAACUUGGAAAACAUGGAAGGUGUAAGUUUGCAAGCAGUUACCCUGGCUGAUGGUUCCACUGCUUACAUACAGCACAACUCUAAAGAUGGUAAAUUAAUGGAUGGCCAAGUGAUUCAAUUAGAAGAUGGUUCUGCUGCUUAUGUUCAACAUGUACCUAUGCCUAAAAGCAGGGAGAGCCUGCGUCUGGAAGAUGGACAAGCAGUUCAGCUGGAAGAUGGAACUACAGCAUUUAUCCAUCACACCUCAAAAGACAGUUACGACCAGAGUGCACUGCAGGCUGUGCAGCUGGAGGAUGGAACCACUGCCUACAUCCACCACACAGUGCAGAUGCCACAGUCAGACACCAUUUUAGCUAUCCAGGCUGAUGGCACGGUGGCAGGACUGCACACAGGAGAUGCUGCCAUCGACCCAGACACCAUCAGUGCUUUGGAGCAGUAUGCAGCCAAGGUGUCUAUUGAUGGAAAUGACAGUGUUAGUAGCACAGGAAUUAUAGGUGAAAAUGAACAAGAUAAAAAAAUGCAGAUUGUCUUGCAAGGACAUGGAACAAGAGUGACUGCAAAAUCUCAACAGACUGGAGAGAAAGCCUUUCGCUGUGAUUAUGAUGGCUGUGGAAAACUGUACACAACAGCUCACCAUCUUAAGGUGCAUGAAAGGUCUCACACAGGAGACAGACCAUACCAGUGUGAACAUCCUGGAUGUGGCAAAGCCUUUGCAACAGGGUAUGGGUUAAAGAGUCACGUGCGAACACACACUGGGGAAAAGCCUUACCGGUGCACAGAGGAGAACUGCACCAAAUCCUUCAAGACUUCUGGAGACCUGCAGAAGCACAUCCGGACCCACACAGGUGAAAGGCCUUUUAAGUGUCCCUUUGAAGGAUGUGGCAGGUCAUUCACAACAUCUAAUAUUAGAAAGGUUCACAUCAGGACACAUACAGGAGAAAGGCCUUAUUACUGUACAGAGCCAGGAUGUGGGAGAGCUUUUGCCAGUGCAACUAAUUAUAAGAAUCAUGUGAGAAUACACACAGGGGAGAAGCCCUAUGUCUGUACAGUUCCUGGCUGUGAUAAACGUUUCACAGAGUAUUCCAGUUUAUACAAACAUCAUGUUGUACAUACUCAUUCCAAACCAUACAACUGCAAUCACUGCGGGAAGACCUACAAGCAGAUCUCUACCCUUGCUAUGCACAAACGGACAGCACACAAUGACACAGAGCCCAUUGAGGAAGAACAAGAGGCUUUCUUUGAGCCACCUCCAGGUCAGGGUGAAGAUGUGCUCAAAGGCUCCCAGAUCACCUACGUGACAGGUGUGGAGGGGGAAGAUGUCAUUUCUGCACAGGUUGCUACAGUUACUCAGUCAGGAUUAGGCCAACAAGUAGCACUAAUAUCCCAGGAUGGAACCCAACAUGUGAACAUUUCCCAGGCAGACAUGCAGGCCAUCGGCAAUACCAUCACCAUGGUGACACAAGAUGGCACCACCAUCACGGUCCCUGCCCACGACGCCGUCAUCUCCUCUGCGGGAACGCACUCCGUGGCCAUGGUCACUGCAGAGGGCACCGAGGGCCAGCAGGUUGCAAUUGUGGCCCAAGACUUAGCAGCGUUUCACAGUGCCUCCUCAGAAAUGGGACACCAGCAGCACGGACACCAUCUAGUGACUACAGAAACUAGACCUGUUACAUUGUUGGCUACAUCCAAUGGGACACAAAUUGCAGUACAGCUUGGAGAACAACAGUCUCUGGAAGAAGCCAUUAGAAUAGCCUCCAGAAUACAGCAGGGAGAAACACCAGGGAUUGAUGAUUAACUUCCAGAACUGCUACCAGAACAAUAGAGUGAAAGGUAUUUUAUUUUCAACCAACAAAGGUCCAUGCCAGCAACAGCCCAUAAAAACUUUGAAGUCCCCCACUCACUGAUACUGUGUACACACUUUAUGCAAGAGUGAAGAACAUUUUCUAAGUUUUGUGUACAUAACCCUUGGAAUGGACUGACAUCAUCUACUUCCAACCGUUGCGUUCAGGAAUAUGGAAUUAGGAUUAUAUAGUAAACUUCCUUGUUAUCCUUUCUUCAGAUUUCAGACUGGUCUACAAGCAAGUAAAAAACAGAAGUAUUGGAAUUAAUUUUUAAUGUCAUGUACAAAUAAUGAAGGCAUUACUGAAGAUUUCAGCUGUUUAAAUAACCAUUUCAGGAACCCUGACAAGUAAUAAAGGCAACAAAGCCUUUUUAAAUUGCAUUCCAUUAAUGGAAAAGUCUUGGAUUUUGAGCCUACUACUGUAAAUCUUCGUAUUUUGAUUUGUUUCAUACAGAUUUGAAUACUCUUUAGAUUAUCUGCCCGAUCUCAUUCAUUGUAAAUACUGACUGUUAAUGCUGGAAGUGCUAAUUAUAUUAUCUUUAAAUUGGAUUAUGUACAAAGAACUGGUUGUUCAAUAUUAAAGAAAGUAAAUCUAAUGAUUUUGUUUCUUUACAUAUUUUACUUAAGAUGUUACUCUCAAAUUAUUAUGCAAUAAAAUAUAGCAAGAUUGUAUUGUUUAGAUAGGA